GAUUUCCCUGUAUCAAUUUUACAAAAUGGUGUUAAAAUGACUAAUGAACCACCGAAAGGUUUACGUUUUAAUCUAUGGAGAUCAUAUUUAAGCGAUCCAAUUUCAGAUCAAGAAUUCUUUCAGUCAUGUUCAAAUAAACAUGCUUGGAAAAAAUUAUUAUUCGGAUUAGUAUUCUUUCAUGCUAUUGUACAAGAAAGACGUAAAUUUGGACCACUCGGUUGGAAUACACCGUAUGAGUUCAAUGAAACAGAUUUACGUAUAUCAGUUCAACAGUUACACAUGUUUCUUGGACAGUACAGUGACGUUCAAUAUGAAGCUUUACGUUAUUUAACUGGAGAAUGUAAUUAUGGUGGUCGCGUUACUGAUGAAUGGGAUAGGCGCACUUUAAAAACAGUUUUAAUGCGCUUCUAUUGUCCAGAAGUAGUUAAUGAAAUUAAACAUCCGUUCGAUUCAAGUGGAAUCUAUUAUGCACCUGAAGAUACUGAAUAUGAAGGUUAUAUUGAUUAUAUAAAAACACUUCCAUUGAAUCCUGAUCCAGAAAUUUUCGGUAUGCACCAGAAUGCUGAUAUUACUAAAGAUCAACAAGAAACCAAUUUAAUAUUUACAAGCACACUUUUAACUCAAGCAAAAGGAACAUCAUCAUCUGGAAAAUCACUCGAUGAAAUAGUUGAUGGAGUUGCUUCUGAUAUCUUAACUCGUCUACCAUUAAAUUUUGAUACAGAAUUAGUAUUACGAAAGUAUCCAACAUGCUAUGAACAAAGUAUGAAUACAGUAUUAGUACAAGAAAUGGUUCGUUUCAAUGUACUCUUAAGUAUAAUACGUUCAAGUCUUAAAAAUAUUCGAUUAGCUAUUAAAGGUUUAGUGGUCAUGUCAUCUGAUUUAGAAGAUGUAGUGGCUGCAAUACUUGCUUCAAAAAUUCCAAAAUUAUGGAUGAAAAAAUCAUAUCCAUCAUUAAAACCACUUGGAUCAUAUGUAAAUGAUUUUCUGGCACGUUUAAAAUUUCUUCAGGUAUGGUAUGAACAAGGACCUCCAUCGGAAUUUUGGAUAUCUGGUUUCUUUUUCACACAAGCUUUUCUUACUGGUGUACAACAAAAUUAUGCACGAAAGCACACAAUACCUAUUGAUUUGUUAUCUUUUGAAUUUGAAGUAUUAGAUGACAUCAAAUACACAGAUGCUCCAUCAGAAGGAGCUUAUGUAUCCGGUCUGUUUGUGGAUGGUGCAAGAUGGGAUAGGAGUACAAAAAAAUUAGCAGAAGCUUUACCAAAAGUUUUACAAGAUCCUAUGCCACCUAUUUGGUUAAUACCAAUAAAACGGAGUGAUAUUAAAUCAAGGCCUAGUUAUACAGCACCAGUUUACAAAACAAGUGAACGUCGUGGUGUAUUAUCAACAACUGGACAUUCUACAAAUUUUGUAUUACCAAUUCUGUUGACAUCAGAUAAACCGGAAAGUCAUUGGAUUAUGAGAGGUGUCGCUUUAUUAUGUCAAUUGGAUGAUUAAACGGAGUGAUAAUAUAAGAAAUCUAAGUUCGGGAUACCUGAUACAUAAUCACCAAUUCAUAAAACCAACCAUACUUUUAUUAUAUAUACAUAUUUUUAAAACGAACUUCAAAUAUGUAUACUUAUUCACUAUUUUAUUUACAUCAAUUGAUAUUAUCACGAUAUACACUCGAAAUAUGUUGUAAAAGUUAACUUAACUUUAG